AUGUUCUUCCAGCUGAACAGCCCACUCUUUCAAAGAGGACAGACCGGUGGCCAACUGCAUUUUUACGCACAGUUCCGCUCCGGGCUGCGGGGCUACGCGCUCCUGGCCUGGACUUUGCGCCAGCUCAUGGACUGGGGCAUCGUGAGCGUGGCCAGCGUCUUCGCAGUUCGCAUCGCCGUGGAGCUCUGGAAGCUGGGCCUCUCCCUGGAGAAGCAUCCGAGGUGCCAACUCUUUCGAUCCCGAGUCUUGCUGGUGGCCCUCUUGGUUCCCUGCGAACUCGCCCUGGUCUCUCUCUGCUGGUCAUCCUUUGCCUAUUGCCUGGCCAUCACUAGUGAGACGAGCCUGCUGCCGGCCCUCCCCUUCGUCCUGGACGUUGCGGCCGUGCUUUGUCUCUUCUUUCCGCGGCUGCGUGGCCUACCGGAGCCCGACCAAGGGCAUCUGCAGGAGCCGAGGCGCCCGUCCACGAGGAGUGAGGAGUCUGCUUUUGAAGUUUAG